GCCCGGUGGCGCCGCCGCGCCGUUUUCUUCCUCUCAGAAAUUUAGAUUGCACACCAACACUAAUGCACGAUGGGGAUGGGAAAGCGAAGGCUAGGAUGAACUUGGCUCAGUCUGCUCUUCCGUGGUUUACCAUCUCUGAAGCCGAAUCCUGACUGAUUUCGGGGUGAACCCCACCAAUUCAUCGCUGGUAGAUCCGUCCAAAGGGUUGAUACCACCACACCAAGCGACCGAUUCAAGCCGACCAAAGCUCAUCGGGGAUGUCUUCUUCAUUCCGUAGUCAACCUUCGAUCGUUUCGGUCCGUUCAAAAACGUGCCAGUGCAGUAAAGUGGUUUUGUUUUCAUUGCGUUGCAUACCCCACCGCGUGCGCCGCGUGUUGCUCCUACGUCUCGCGCUUCAGUUCGAGGUCGUCGAGGAAAAUCUGUCGAGAAGAACCGGGGAGCCGCACUAGUGUGCGUGCCACCCAUCCGACCGGCCGCACUUUGUUCCCACCCACCGAACCGGGGCAGCCAAAGUUGCAGUGUCAGGCAGCAGCAGUGGCAGCAGUAGCCAGCAGCAGUGGGUGGAUUCCAUGUGAGCUCCACCAUCCAACUGGUCGGAACCAGACACGACGGCAGGCAGAUAUCGAUUUUUUCAACCCUGAGAAAGUGUGGCGCAAAAUGUUGGGAAAGUCAUGUGAUAUAAAAUUCAACACGCGAGCAGCUGGUUCAAUCGAUAGUUUGGUGAACUUUUGAGAAGAAGGUUAAGCUCAAGAAGUGAUCGAAGCCACUAAUUGGAAAAGUUGAGCAGAGUUUGCGGAAAACGUCUUCGAGGGAAACAACAGAAGCUGCACCACUCGUACACACACUCUCUUGCCACCACUCUGGAUAGCAUCGUUGCUUUUGCGAUCGGCACGUGACAGAAAACCGUGACAUUGGAGCACAGAAACGGGCCCGCAGCAGCCACGUGGUACGCAACGGAUCCACCACCGUUACAACUAGAACCGUCGAUCCCCCCGUCGCCAGCGGUACAUUCCCGACGGCAGCAGCAACGUCCAGCAGACCGGAUACCGCACCCCCGCCGGCGGUCCCCAUUCGGCAGCACUAGUACAAACUAUGACCACUAAGGUGGACGGCCCUGGUGGUCCUCGGAACAACGGUCACGAAAUGGCCCCGCUCAAUACGCGGGCUCGGGGCGAUGGCACGCACGGUGUGACCAUCAUGCUGUCGCCACCGGACCGAUCCUCAGUCGGGUCCCGGGAGGGAGCUGGUCUCCCCGAUGGCGACCCGGACCGGGCCGCCUGGUCCGGAAAGAUGCAAUUUUUCCUCAGUAUUAUCGGUUAUUCCGUCGGGUUGGGCAACAUCUGGCGGUUUCCGUACCUGUGCCAGCAAAACGGUGGAGGUGCCUUCCUCAUUCCGUUCAUGAUAAUGUUAAUCCUGGAGGGUAUCCCUCUGUUCCUGAUUGAGCUCGGGAUGGGCCAAAAGAUGCGGCUCGGUGCUCUGGGGGUGUGGAACACGAUACACCCCUGGCUCGGCGGCAUCGGCAUCUCGUCCUGCAUAGUGACGCUGUUUGUGGCGAUCUACUACAAUGUGAUCAUCACCUGGUGCUUUUUCUACUUCUUCAAUAGCUUCCGGGUCCCCCUACCGUGGGCAAGCUGUCCGCAGUUCAACGGAACCGACGUGCCCGAAUGCGAACGGUCGUCGGAAACGGCCUACUUCUGGUACCGGACCACGCUGGACGCGUCGCCCAGCAUCGAGGAACCGGAGGGCUUCAAGUGGUGGAUCGUGCUCUGUCUGCUGCUGUCCUGGACGGUGGUGUUCUUCAUCGUGAUGAAGGGCAUCCAGAGCUCGGGCAAGGUCGUGUACUUUACCUCGCUCUUCCCGUACAUCGUACUGACGAUCUUCUUCAUCCGGGGCAUCACACUGAAGGGGGCCGGCGCCGGACUGAUGCACAUGUACACCCCCAAGGUGGAGAAACUGCUGGAACCGACCGUAUGGUUGGACGCGGCCACCCAGGUGUUCUACUCGUUUGGGUUGGCCUUCGGGUCACUGAUAGCGUUCGGUAGCUACAACACACCGAAGAACAAUUGCGUCCGGGACGUGAUUCUGGUGUCGGUGUGCAACGCCAUAACGGCCAUCUACGCCAGCGUGGUGAUAUUCGCCAUUCUCGGGUACAAGGCCACCGUUGGCGUGGAUAGGUGUAUUGCAGUGAACAAAGGAAUUUUGUUUAAGCACGGUUUGAUUGAAUCGAUACAUGUGGAUAACGCAAUCUAUGAGGAGAAAAUGAACAGCCUGGACCCCAUGACGAAGACCAAUUGGACAUUCGAGCACUGCAGUUUAGAGGAGCAGCUGGAUAGUGCCGCCGAGGGAACCGGUCUCGCCUUCAUCGUGUUCACCCAGGCCAUCGUCCAGCUGCCCGGAGCGCCCUUCUGGGCCGUCCUGUUCUUCACGAUGCUCCUCUCGCUGGGACUGGGUUCGCAAAUUGGCAUCCUCGAGGGUAUGCUCUGUACGAUAUUCGACAUCGAUAUCUUUAAGCGGAUCAGAAAACCUUACGUCACAGGAGUCGUGUGUCUAUUUUGCUUCACGGUGGGAUUAGUUUUCACCACCGGAGCGGGAGAAUAUUGGCUCAAGAUGUUCGAUUCGUUCGCCGGAACGAUCGGUCUGGUUGUGGUGGCCCUCAUGGAAACUAUUGCCGUUAUCUACAUCUACGGACACAAGAAAUUCACGGAGGACAUCUAUCAAAUGACUGGAAUCCGACCUGGACCCUAUUGGCAGCUGACCUGGAGGUAUAUAGGACCGGUCAUCAUGUUCUUAAUCCUGCUCUCUUCGGUGCUGAGUAUGGUACUGAAAAGCCCUACCUACUCGGCGUGGAAUGGUGAACUGGGCAUCACCGAGAACAAAUCCUACCCGGACUGGGUGAUGGCCAUCGCGCUGGCCAUGAUCGUUGCCUCUGUGCUUCCGAUGCCGCUGGUGUUCCUGCUGCGACGGUUCCAGAUCCUCAAAGUGGAUCUCGACAUCCACCAGGGCUCGAUUCGACGAAACGAAACGACGGCAUCCACCAAGGAGAUGAUUGACGAGGACGAUGACGAUGACGACGAUGAUUUCAGUGGGCCGGCCCUGGGUGGCCCGGUGAACGUCCGCAGCGACAGCGACGACGAGGAGGACGAACCGCCCACCAUGGGCAAGAUGCUGUCGAACAAGUCCUCCCCGUUGACGACCACCUCCUCCGGCUCAGCCACCCAUCAGACGUUUCAGUUAAAAAACCAGCACCACCUGACACCGAACCCGCUGGCUGCGAGUCCCGGCCGGAAAAAACCUUUCAGCAUGGAGGUGAUGGAUUUCUAAGGGUUUUCCCGGUUUUCCUGAAUCUAGAUCAGAGGGCGGCGGCGUUCGGUGCUCGCUGCUGUGAACAAAACAACCAAGCUCAGCUAUCGUGUAUUUUUAUAUAAAGGUGUUUUAAAUGCUAGAUUGUAAACAUGUUCCAGAGUUCCAGACACAAACACACUUGUUUGAGAGAUUACUCGCAUAUUCGUCGGUAUUUUAUCUUGUGUAGAUUUUUUUCUGUUUUUUUCAUCAUCGUUUUUCUUUCUAAGUUGUUUGUAUAUAUCUAUCUAUAUGUACGAUAGUGAGAGGUCCCUAGUAUUGAGGUUACAACCAAAGAAAGCAGCCCCUAUUUGACCGUACUGUUACGCUAAGUUAGUCAAGUUACUCUAGAUGCUAGAGUAUAAACCGUGUGAGGAAUAUGAUCGGAUACAAAACAGUGUGCCAGAAAAUAUUUAGUGAGCUACUUACGAGAAGCCAAAAAUGUUUCGUUUUAUUUUCAGUUUAAGUUUUUGUAAUUCGAGA